AUGGACAUCUCCAUGAGCAAAUGCGAGGUGCGCAUGGGCUUGUGGCCCAUGCUGCGCAUGGUCACCCCGCGACUCCUGUCCUCCACGCUGGUACAGCUUCCGCAUUUGUUUCGGCUGCUCCCAGCGCACCGACACGACCAUGAGCCUUUAGAGGCGGCCCCCAGCUAUCGCAGCCUCGAGGCCUGGUCCGCACACCCACGGCGGCUGCCCGGCAGGGCUGUGGAAGAUGCCAAUUUGUUGCAGCUUCCUGGCGACUCACUUCCGCCAGCGCUUGCGCGGCCCUGCGAUUGCUUUUUUGUCCAUGAUAGCACCUUCAUUCCGGCGGUUUGCGUGCCCUUUGCUGGGGAGAUGCAGCGUUGGAAUGCGCCGUUGGAGCGGCAUCCAGAGCUGGUCGCCAAGAUCAAUGAGCAGACGGACCUGCGCGUGGCUGUGGGCGCUGGUCCCUUUAACAAGCACUGCCGCAUUUACGCGCCCCGCUACCGACAGGUGAACGUUCUGGCCAUCGCCGCCUUAGCGCUGCCGCCCGGCAUCAAGUCCCAGUGGCGGCAACUGCGCCAGGCGCUGGACUUGGCCUACGACGACAUCAGAAGAGCCUUCCUGGAGUUCGUGGAGUCGACGGAUACCAAGGGCCGGCCAUUCAUCGUGGUGGGUCACAGCCAAGGCACCAUCCACCUGACACGCCUAUUGCAGGAGGAGGUGGACCCCUACCCAGAGCGGCACCAGCGCUUUGUGCACGGAUACCUGACGGGAAUGACUGUGCCUCUGAGCAUUUUCCGGCCGCUGAAGCAAGUGCGGCCCAGUGAUCACGCCACAGACAUUUGCACGGUGUCCAGCUGGAGGACCGCGCCGCCGGGCAUUCUGGUUGCCGUCCACUGCGCCAUGGUCUUCCACGCCGAAAGUGGCUGGAAGAGGUUCGGCGGCGAGAUCCUGGCCACGAAUCCCAUCACCUGGCACCGGGGUCCAACGCUCCCAUCCAAGGCGUCCGAGUACCUGGGCUCCGCCUAUCCGCUUCCCUCCAACCUGGAGCUCGGUGAUGGCUGGCUCACCUCCGGGGUGAGCCUCCGCUUUGGAGCCGCGUGCAUGGCCUCCCGUGCGGUGCUGGGGGCGCGAGUGGCCGCCUUGAGACACGUGCACUGUGGCGAAGUCACCGCGCAGGUGGAUACAGGUGGUGCCACGAGAGUGCCAAAGCUGCCCUCGUCCUGUUUGUUUAGCCACAUCGAAGAUGACUUCUUGCGCUACCAUGACGUUGACAUCGCGCUCUUCUUCGGGAACCUGCGGGCCAACGUGGCUCAGCGCUGCAACAUGUGGAUGCACCAGCAGCGAGAGCUUGCGCUGCUGGACGGCACGGCGGUGCACUCUCUGCAGUCGGAAGUUGGGUGCGUUGGCCCUGCGCCGGUAGAGCCGUCCAAGGUGCACAGCCGCGGGCUGGUGGAACCCUCGCGGCGCGUUGGGCCGGUGGGCCCUGCACCCCGGCCGUCGAUGGGCGCGAUGGCGUUCACGGAGGUGCACGAGCCCAGCCGACCCCGUCCAGGGCCCGCGAUUCCUGAUCCCAAGGCGCCUGAUGCAGUGGCGAUCUCUGGGUGCCGGCGUGGCGAGCUGCCACCUUCGGGCUGGAGCAGCAAGUGGUCCUUCGCCACGAAGCGCGCGGCACUGCUGGCAGCCUUGGAGGAGUCCCAGAUGCACGUGGUCUACGCUCUGAGGCCUCACUCCAACGUGUGGCAGGAGUCAAUGCAGUCGGCGGACCUUGAGCAGGCCGAGCUAGACCGGCUGCUGCGCGAGAAAGUGCUGACCAAGCCCCGCCCAACGCAGAAGCAGAGGCUUCAGGAAGCCAAGCAGUGGCUGCUUGAGGCCGGUGCAAGCUUGGAGGCGCUUUGCUCGGACAAAGACUUCGAGGUGCGCAAGGCCGCAGCAGCGCUCUUGGCCGAGGGCGAGGGGGCUGCUGCUCGUGCCGCCAAGCUGCUGGGCAGCGAGGACGCCAACGCGCGGAGCACCGCUGCCGAGGCGCUGGGCAGGAUGGGCAAAGAUGCUACACCGCACGGUGCUGCGCUGGCUGCGCUGCUGGGAGAUGCAGACACCACAGUCCGGAUGGCUGCAACAGCGGCACUGGGCAGACUAGGGGGGGCGUUGGCCAAGCACUGCGCGGAAGCCUUGGGCUCCGAGAAGCCCCGGGAGCGCGAGGCCGCCUGCGAGGCGCUGGGCCUCAUGGGCGCCUCCGCUGCAGAGCAUGGGGCAGCCAUUGCGGAGUUGCUGCAGGACAGCGACUGGCAGGUGCCCACAGCCGCGGGCAGCGCGCUGAAGCGCCUGGGGUCCUCCCAAGUGAAGCAUUGUGCCGAAGUGCUCGGGCGCUGCCGAACCACAGCCAGGCCUGCGGUGGCAGAGGCCAUCGUUCGCAUCGGCGGUGCGGAUGCCGCAGAGAGCCUGGUGCCGCUCCUUCGAAGCGCGACCCUUUGCCCAGUUCCUGGCUCCUUUGAAAGAGGACAGCGACCGCGAAGUGAAGCGAUCAGCGAUGCAGGCCUUGAUCAAGCUGGGCCUGGGUCCGGCGCCGCGGACGGAGUUGGGGAAUGGUGA